AUGUUAGCUAUUGCAACAAAAAUUGUUAAAAAAUAUAAACUCACCCUAAAGAUGGAUAUAUCUGAGCUUGGACAAUAUACCUCUAAGUUUCUCAAAAAUCUUACAAAUAAUAGAAAAAGAAAUCAGGCACGAAGAUGUCUUCGGGAUGGCUUUAAAUUUAGCAGUGAACAGAUGAGUAUAUUGAUACCUAACCAGAGAAGUGGUAAAACUAAAACUAUAAAUCUUGCAACUUUCGAUAGAUAUCAAGAUCCUAUUUCAAUUCCGCAAGGAUUAAAGGAAGAAACUAUCAGAGAGAUGGCGCAUUGA